GGUCGUGGGUGUGUCAUUUCCGCUCAUCCCACAUCGAUGUAGCAGCAGCUCAUAUGUCUUGCUCUGUGAAUCCACACAACGUAAACACUACAGUCAUUUUACAGGCUUUACUCAAGCAAAACGAGACGCCAAAGAACCUGCUGGAUUAAAAACACGUAUAUAUUUUGGGAAAAAGUCAUGAAAAAACCCACAGGAAAGCAAACUGUCUCUGUUUUAAUCCCUCUGUCCUCCAUGUUCCUGAUGCUCUGGACGUGCUGAAACAACUGAAGUAACGUAGAUCCGACGCGGAGGAGAGGCUUAAUUCACGAUUUUAUUUACGUAUUUUUAACGAAGUGAUACAAUUUACAACAGGUGAGGUGUUUAUGCACCAUAAAGGCUGCAGAGAAAGCUAUUUGUCACCAUCACUGAAGAGGAACAGUUGACCACAUGGAGAAUGGAGACUGGACACACAUGAUGAUGGAUACGGUUACACUGAACGUUGGUGGCCAUUUGUACACCACAUCACUUUCCACGCUCCAGCGUUAUCCAGACUCAAUGUUGGGCGCCAUGUUUCGCGGGGACUUCCCCACCACACGAGACACCCAGGGCAACUAUUUCAUCGACCGAGAUGGUCCUUUAUUCCGUUACAUCUUAAACUUCUUACGAACAUCCAAACUGACGUUACCGUGUGACUUCAAAGAAACUGAGCUCCUCCGUAAGGAAGCAGACUUCUACCAGAUUGAACCCUUAAUCCAGUGUUUAGGUGAAACCAAACCUCUUUACCCGCUGGACACCUUUGAGCAAGUGGUAGAACUUUCAAGUACUCGUAAGUUGUCCAAAUACUCAAACCCAGUGGCGGUUAUCAUAACGCAACUCACCAUCACCACCAAAGUUCACGCGCUUCUUGAAGGCAUCUCUAACAACUUCACCAGAUGGAAUAAACACAUGAUGGACACCAGAGACUUUCAAGUGUCUUUUACCUUUGGACCAUGUGACUAUCACCAAGAGGUGUCCCUUCGAGUGCACUUAGUGGAGUACAUCUCCAAACAAGGCUUUACGAUUCGCAACACACGAGUGCAUCACAUGAGUGAACGAGCCAACGAGAACACGGUAGAACAUCACUGGACAUUCUGUAGAGUUGCGCAGAAGGUCGAGGACUGACUGAUGCUUUAUCAUUUGUGCAAGCAUCACACAGGUAAACCAGCCAAUGAAAUCAUGGUAGAACAUUAGUGGAUGUUUUGUAGUGUUGCUCAGAUAGUUGAGGGCUGAUUGAUGCUGUAUUGUUUUGGACGAAAGCAUAUAGGUACAUCACAAGAGUGAACCAGCCAAUAAGAACUUGGUAGAACCUUAUAGGACAUUUUUGUAGAUUUGCUCAGAAAGAUGUGGACUGAUAGAUUGUUUAUUCUUAUCUGGUCAGAUGUUACUGUUAAAACGGUACUCGAGUAACGAAGGUUGUGCAAUUACAAGUUUAACGAAGACACAAAUGCGUUUUUACUAGUCUUCAACUUGUGAUUUUAUAAGAUGCUCCCAAAUUUCUUGAGUUGGCCACAUCUCUACCGUAGAAUCUGCCUUAUUCUGUGUUCACACCAGACUCUGCGAAUGUGGAUAAAUCGAAAUAUUCGCGUGAAUAUAAAUAAAAAUACGUGUGAACAUUUUGAGUUUAUUCACUUCAUUUGUGCUUCAAAUCCACUUCAUUUGCGUGUCAAGUUCGCUUCACAAUAGAUGUGGAAUUGCGUCAUGAGCAGGGCUUCUGUCUGCCCGGUGACUCUAGCUUCAUUGCUAAAUGGCUAACAUAGAUUUAUUGAGCUAGAGAAUAACUGUGUUAAUGUGCUUUAGGAAGGCAAACAAAAUGGUGUCGAUUCAUUUAGAGCCGUGUCUGAGUCCAAAAGUUCCUUUCAUAGGUGCACCCAGCUUCGUGAGUUUAUAAACUCCUCCAGAAACUUAACCUGAAUGAUGGAAGCUUUUAGCGGGGCUUCCGACUGAGCCGAGCCCAGUUUGAUCAACUGUUCCCUGGUGUCGGUAGGAGGAUUUCCCCGCGGGACACCAACAACAAGCGCUACGUAAUUAGCAUGCCCCAACAAGAGAAAGCUCCUUAUUGGUUAAAGCAGUGCGAAUGUCUGCUGAAGUUCAGAUAUUUCCAACUGGAGAGAUUUGCGUAAAAUGCAUGUUAAUCGCGUCAAUCUCACCAAACGCUCAACUCGCGUCGCUUCAUCUGCGUGAAUCGUGUCUUUCAUGCCGCCUCAUUCGAAUUAUUCACGCUUGACGCUUUUUCCGCGUCUCGUGUGAACGCAGCAUAAGGCACACACUUUACGCAAGUUUUCUGUUGCAUCACAUGAGUAAAUGCACACAACAUGGAAAAUCAUAUUUGGGUAAGGCUGAAGACUAAUCGAUACUGCAUUCAAAUUUAGUCAGACUUUACCAUAAGUGCAAGACAUUUGCAACUAAAGCAAUUAUUAAGUUUCACUAGGACGUGAGCUUUUUUCUACUUGCAAACCUGACAUGAAGGUCUUACCUGUAGAUCCGGGCCAAGGUAACCAGCAUCAUGCUGGUGGAUUACAUGACAAAGUAUAACAUCAUUGGACGGUUUGUAGAGUGCAGAAGAUCAAGUACUGAUUGAUGCUUUAUUUCUAUGUGCUUGGACAUUACUGUAAUAAUUAGUUAAGGACAAAAUAAUGGCACCUUUAUAGUGGCUGAUAAAUGCUGAUCCACUUCAGAUCUGUCAUUAUGUGAUACCACAAAGAGUUAAUGCUAAAAACUCACAGAAACAAAGAUCUAGAUCAGUGUUUCCCAUCCUUGCUCUAGACGUCACACCAAUAGUACACAUUUUCAAUGUCUUCCUAUGCAAGCAUACUUGAAUCAAAUCAUCAGAACAAUAAAAAAAGACUCAAAAACCUGAAAUGAAACCAGAGCAUGAUUAUGAAAUGCUAAACUACGUAGUUCCUUGCACAUCCCUUGAUUAAAACAAAAUCAGUUGUCCACUGUUUGCAUUUCAGUUUUAUGAUCAGAAUCAGAAAAAAGUCAUAUACUUAUCAGUUUAAAUAUCAGUUAUCCAGCUAUAAAGGGUUUUCAGUAUCUGCCAAAAUGUCUACUGGUGAAACGUACCAAUAAUUCGAACUUUGAGAUUGCAUCUUGAGCAAUUGCAAGUUUAACAUAGCCAUGAAUGUAUAAUUUACUAGUUGCGAAGUAAGGGCAAUACCUAAAAGUACUUGCAUAUACCAUUCUGGCUAAGGUAGCCAAAAAUGAAUCAUGUGAAAAAAUUUUUGUUCUGUAUCUUCAAAACAAUUUGUCCUAUCAUGUUUUAUGCAACUCAAUCUCAUGGCAGUUCGUAACUUUUGAAUUAGUGGCUAAUUUUUAUCCCACUUUAUAUUAAGUGUCCUUAACUACUAUGUACUUGCAUCAAAAAACAAAUCCAUCAUACUCACUGUGUUCAUAAUGGAUUUGAGAACACUUGCUCGUGAGUUGGGAUAGUGGUAGGGUUAUGGACAGGUUUGGUGGUAUGGGUAGGUUUAAGGGUGUGUUAAUGUGUAAGGGAUGGUCAACAGUAAUUACAGAAGUUAAUUACAGAUGUAAUAUACAGGUAUU